UAGCAAUAUAGCUUCAACAUGAAGGUAUUCAUAUGUCUGUUAGCCCUGGCCGCGGCCACCCACGCCGGUUUCAUCGGCGGUGGUAGUGGUGGGUGGUCUGGUGGCGGCGGUGGCGGUUACGGAGGCGGUGGCGGCGGCGGCGGCUGGAAGCUCGGUGGUGGCGGCGGCGGCUGGUCCAGCGGAGGCGGCGGAUAUGGAGGUGGCGGCGGACAUGGAGGCGGUGGUAGCGGUGGACAAGUCAAAAUAAUUAAGAUCAUCUCCAGCGGCGGCGGCGGCGGCGGUGGAGGUUAUGGAGGCGGUGGCCACGGAGGCUGGUCCGGCGGUGGUGGCGGUUUUGGAGGCGGCAGCAGUGGAUGGAAACUCGGCGGCGGCGGCGGCGGCUACGGCGGUGGCGGCUUCGGAGGCGGCAGCGGUGGCUGGAAGCUCGGCGGAGGCGGCGGCGGCAGCGGCUGGUCCAGCGGCGGCGGUUCCUCCGGCUGGUGGUAAACCACUCUGCGACGGAACAACUUAGUACAAAUUACAUUAAACCGAUACCUCUAAAUUAAA